AUAAACGUGCGGGUCACUACAAUGGAUGCUGAGCUGGAGUUUGCCAUUCAGUCCAGUACAACUGGUAAACAACUUUUUGACCAAGUUGUAAAAACAAUUGGACUUCGAGAGAUCUGGUACUUUGGACUGCAGUAUCAGGACAGCAAAGGCUUCUCUACAUGGCUGAAACUCAAUAAGCGGGUGACUGCUCAAGAUGUCAGAAAAGAAAAUCCACUGCUGAUUAAAUUCAGAGCAAAGUUCUACCCUGAGGAUGUGGCAGAAGAGCUGAUUCAGGAAGCCACACAGCGCUUGUUUUUCCUCCAGGUGAAAGAAGCCAUUUUGAAUGAUGACAUCUACUGUCCACCUGAGACGGCUGUUCUGCUGGCCUCAUAUGCUGUACAGAUGAAACACAAUGACUUUAAUAGUCAAUAUCACAUUCCUGGAUAUUUGUGCAGAGACAAACUGCUUCCACAAAGAGUCCUAGAACAGCACAAACUAACUAAAGAGCAAUGGGAACAAAGAAUUCAGGUGUGGCAUGAGCAACACAAGUCUAUGAGCAGAGAGGACGCAAUGAUAGAAUACCUGAAGAUUUCCCAGGAUCUGGAGAUGUACGGAGUGAACUAUUUCAGCAUCAAAAACAAAAAAGGAUCUGAGUUGUGGUUGGGUGUUGAUGCUUUGGGACUCAACAUUUAUGAGCGAUCAGACAAGCUGACACCUAAGAUUGGAUUCCCUUGGAGUGAGAUACGGAAUAUUUCUUUCAAUGACAAGAAAUUUGUCAUUAAGCCUAUAGACAAAAGUCCCCGCAUGUAACCUUUUCCACAGGACUUUGUGUUCUAUGCACCUCGCCUUCGAAUUAACAAGCGCAUCCUGGCUUUAUGCAUGGGGAACCAUGAUCUUUACAUGCGCCGCCGCAAGCCAGACACCAUUGAAGUGCAGCAAAUGAAAGCACAGGCCAGAGAGGAGAAGAACAAGAGGCAACAAGAGAGAGCACUUCUGGAAAAUGAGAAAAAAAGAAGAGAAAAUGCGGAGAAAGAAACUGAGAAGAUUGCAAGAGAAACAAUGGAGCUGAUGGAAAGAUUGCGGCAAAUCGAGGAACAAACCAAAAGAGCUCAAGACGAGCUUGAAGAGCAGACCAAGCGAGCACUGGAGCUGGAACGGGAAAGGAAAUUUGCUCAAGAAGAGGCUGAGAAAUUGGAGAAAGACCGCAGAAUUGCAGAAGAGGUGAAAUCAGCACUCUUGCAGCGAUCUGAGAACCAGACGAAGAACCAAGAGAAUCUGGCAACAGAGCUGGCUGAGCUGACGUCCAAGAUCAAUCUUCUGGAAGAUGCCAAAAAGAAGAAAGAGGAUGAAGCCAGGAAAUGGCAGAGAAGGGCAAUUAUGGUUGAGGUAGACCUGGAGAAGACAAAAGAGGAGUUGAAGAGUAAGCUAAUUGGGGUCCACAUCCAGGCAACAUCCCAGACGGAGAAUGACCAUGAUGAGAACGAUGAGAGCAGUGCCGAGGCCAGCGCUGAGCUCACAUCCACUGGAUCAUUUCGAGAUCGAAGUGAAGAGCAGCGCAUCACAGAAACCGAGAAGAACGAACCUCUGCAGAAGCGUCUACAGGCUUUGAGCUCAGAGCUAGCAGAUGCCCGUGAUGACAGCAAGAAGACCGCAAACGAUCUGAUCCAUGCUGAGAAUGUGAGGUUAGGGAGGGACAAGUACAAAACCUUGCGGCAAAUCCGACAAGGAAACACCAAACAGCGCAUCGAUGAAUUUGAGUCCAUGUGA